AUGGUGCUAGAAUAUGUCAAACUUGCUUCAUUUCGUGAAUUUUUAAAUUCAAAUGGUGUUUGUCUUCGCAUUUCUUGUCCACAUACUGACCAGCAAAACGCUUACGAGGAACAAUAUUCGACCCAAGCCACAAUGUUUCAAGACCAAAUUGAAGAUCCAAAUUUAGUUGUGGUAGCAUUUAGAGGGACAGGCCCAUUUGAUGCAAAUGCAUGGAUUUCAGAUAUAGACCUAUCAUGGUAUGAUCUUGAAGGCAUGGGAAAAAUCCAUGCAAGGUUCAUGAAAGCCCUAGGGUUGCAAAAGAAAAUCCAUGCAAGCAUUAAUCAAGAAGCCCAAGAACAAAAUAAUAAUAAGCAAUUUGCAUAUUACAAAAUCAGAGAAGAAUUGAAGAAAAUAUUGAGCAAAAAUGAGAAAGCGAAGUUCAUAGUUACAGGACAUAGCUUAGGUGGUGCAUUAGCAAUUUUAUUUGCAUCUGUGUUAAUUUUGCAUGAAGAAGAGUGGCUAUUGGAUAAACUUGAAGGGGUUUAUACAUUUGGACAACCUAGAGUUGGAGAUGAACAAUUUGGGAAUUUCAUGAUGGUGAAAUUGAAGAAGUUUGAUGUGAAGUAUUUUAGGUAUGUUUAUUGCAAUGAUAUGGUGCCAAGAUUGCCCUAUGAUGACAAAACUCUCUUCUUCAAGCACAUUGGAUCUUGUCUAUACUAUAAUAGCCUCUACAAUGGCAAGGUUUUGGAGGAAGAGCCAAACAAGAAUUACUUCUCACUACUAUGGGUUUUACCAAAGGUGUUGAAUGUAGCUUUUGAGCUAAUUAGGAGUUCCAUCCCUUGA